UCUUUCCAGCCAGCGCCGAGCGAUGGGCAUCUCUCGGGACAACUGGCACAAGCGCCGCAAGACCGGGGGUAAGAGAAAACCCUACCACAAGAAGCGGAAGUAUGAGCUGGGACGGCCGGCCGCCAACACUAAGAUUGGCCCUCGCCGCAUACACACAGUCCAAGUUCGAGGAGGCAAUAAGAAGUAUCGUGCUCUGAGAUUGGAUGUGGGGAACUUUUCCUGGGGCUCAGAGUGUUGUACUCGCAAAACAAGGAUCAUUGAUGUUGUCUACAAUGCAUCCAAUAACGAGCUUGUCCGCACCAAGACCCUGGUGAAGAACUGCAUUGUGCUUAUUGACAGCACACCAUACCGACAGUGGUACGAGUCCCACUAUGCACUGCCCCUGGGCCGCAAGAAGGGGGCCAAGCUGACUCCUGAGGAGGAAGAGAUUUUAAACAAAAAACGAUCAAAGAAAAUUCAGAAGAAAUAUGAUGAAAGGAAAAAGAAUGCCAAAAUCAGCCGUCUUCUGGAGGAGCAGUUCCAGCAGGGCAAGCUUCUCGCCUGUAUUGCCUCAAGACCAGGCCAGUGUGGCAGAGCAGAUGGCUAUGUGCUCGAAGGCAAGGAGCUGGAGUUCUAUCUGCGGAAGAUCAAAGCCCGGAAAGGCAAAUAAACUGUCAUAGCUCGUGUAAAAAAAAAAGAAAAAAAAAAAAGAACUCAACCACCUG